AAUGGCUUUGGCAACACCGCUAGCAUUUUUUUAUUAAUGGGAUUCUUGAAUUAACAUCAUCUGGCAACAGUGUCUGUCAGAAUCGAAAAGCUAGUCAGCUGACUGUCUUGUGAUAAAAUUUUAAUUUUUCCCCUUUUCUCAUUGAUAAUUUUCUAGGAUCUUGUGAGUUUUGUGGGUGAGGUGUUAAGGCUAACAUAAAACGCAAAAUGUCGAAAUUGGCGAAAUUGAUCGACGAAGACAGAGAGACCCAGUAUGGGUACGUCCAUAUGGUUUCCGGUCCAGUCGUUACUGCUGAAAAAAUGUCUGGAUCCGCUAUGUACGAGCUGGUAAGGGUUGGCUACAAUGAACUGGUAGGGGAAAUUAUCCGUUUGGAGGGUGACAUGGCCACAAUUCAAGUCUAUGAAGAAACCUCAGGAGUAACAGUCGGUGACCCCGUCCUCAGAACCGGCAAACCAUUGUCCGUUGAACUAGGCCCCGGCAUCAUGGGUUCAAUUUUUGACGGUAUCCAACGUCCCUUAAAAGACAUCCACGAUUUGACCCAAUCCAUCUACAUCCCCAAGGGAGUGAACGUACCCUGCUUAUCAAGAACAGCCCAGUGGGAAUUCAAUCCUUUGAACGUUAAAAUCGGGGCUCACUUGACCGGCGGCGACAUCUACGGUAUCGUGCACGAAAACACUUUGGUCAAACUGAAAAUGCUGUUGCCUCCCAGGGCCAAGGGUACCAUCACUUAUGUCGCGGAACCUGGCAAUUAUACUGUUGACGAUGUGGUAUUGGAAACCGAAUUCGACGGCGAACGUACCAAGCAUACUAUGUUGCAAGUGUGGCCUGUACGUCAACCGCGUCCUGUCAGUGAAAAAUUGCCCGCCAAUCAUCCGCUGUUGACUGGACAAAGAGUUUUGGAUUCACUUUUCCCUUGUGUCCAAGGUGGUACCACUGCCAUUCCUGGUGCCUUUGGUUGCGGUAAAACUGUAAUCUCGCAAGCGUUGUCCAAAUAUUCCAACUCUGAUGUCAUUAUUUAUGUUGGUUGCGGAGAAAGAGGUAACGAAAUGUCUGAAGUACUUCGUGACUUCCCCGAACUAACUGUCGAAAUCGACGGUCACACCGAAUCCAUCAUGAAACGUACCGCCCUGGUCGCCAACACCUCCAACAUGCCCGUAGCUGCCCGUGAAGCCUCAAUUUACACCGGUAUCACCCUAUCCGAAUAUUUCCGUGACAUGGGUUACAACGUAUCCAUGAUGGCAGAUUCCACCUCGCGUUGGGCCGAGGCCUUGAGAGAAAUCUCCGGUCGUUUGGCUGAAAUGCCUGCCGAUUCCGGUUAUCCCGCUUAUUUGGGAGCCCGUUUGGCUUCUUUCUACGAACGUGCUGGGCGCGUCAAGUGUUUGGGUAACCCAGACAGGGAGGGUUCUGUUUCUAUUGUCGGUGCAGUGUCGCCUCCUGGUGGUGACUUUUCUGAUCCCGUUACUUCCGCCACUUUGGGUAUUGUACAAGUGUUUUGGGGUUUGGACAAGAAAUUGGCCCAGCGUAAACAUUUCCCUUCGGUCAACUGGCUGAUUUCCUACUCAAAAUACACGCGUGCUUUGGAUGAUUUCUAUGACAAAAACUUCCAAGAGUUUGUGCCAUUGAGAACAAAGGCCAAGGAAAUUUUACAAGAAGAAGAAGACUUGUCUGAAAUUGUACAGUUGGUAGGUAAAGCUUCUUUGGCUGAAGGUGAUAAGAUCACUUUGGAAGUUGCCAAAUUGCUUAAAGAAGAUUUCUUGCAACAAAACUCUUAUUCGGCCUACGACAGAUUCUGUCCCUUCUACAAGACAGUUGGUAUGCUUAAAAACAUGAUUGGUCUUUAUGACAUGUCCAGACACGCGGUUGAAAGUACAGCGCAGUCAGAAAACAAAAUCACUUGGUCAGUGAUUAGGGACUCUAUGAGCAACAUUUUGUACCAGCUUAGCAGUAUGAAAUUCAAAGACCCUGUUAAAGAUGGAGAGGCUAAAAUCAAAGCCGAUUUUGAUCAAUUAUAUGAAGACAUCCAACAGGCCUUUAGGAAUUUGGAAGAUUAAAUUUGAUAAUGUUAAGCCUUAUAUCCUCACUGUUUAGCUGUUGUUGUUUGUUGAAAAAAACUAUAAUAAUAAUAAUGGACGUAAAAGAGCAAUUUUAAAAAUAAUUCUCUUUCCGAUAUUAUUAAUUAAUCUUGUACAAUAAUUAAAUGUUUAAUAGUUUAAGUAAUAAAAAAAAACACACAAGUUUAGCAUCUGUCUUUGUAGGUGAGGGUAAAAACUAUGAUUUUUCUAUGAUUCCCUUCAUUCCAAUUAAUUUUUAAGAAUGUUUUUUUUUUGUAGUGGUGCUUUUUUUUUGAACUUGUUUUUUUCCAGUAUUAUCUGUCCCCCCUGCCAAACAAAAAAGAAAUCAAAUUGUCUAAUUAGUUUUCCAAAAACUAUGCGUCAUGUAUAAAUUAUAGUAUAGAUCUACCUAGAAACAAAAAUUGUAUAAAAUGUAUAUCAGCAAAAUAUCAAUUUUAUGUAUUUUAUUUUAGUCUAGUGCAAUUUUAUUAAUUUGUUCUAUUUUUGAACAACAAUAAACGCAUUAUUGUUUCAUUUGAGGACUUUUUAUUCAUCUUGUGUUUACCAAUUCAGCAUGUGGAAUUCCACAAAAAUAAAUUCGUAUGAGGGAAAUUCUUUGAAAUAAAAGGACAGCUGGGGCCAAUAAAAUCGUUAUAACACCGGAUGACAAUUGUUUGAAACAAACCUGAAGUGACUUCGAUUAGUUUGUUCAGAUCGAAAGAAUACUUCUAUGUAGGCAUUAGGAAAAAGUCAAAUCAAACACGCAGAAACUUAAAAAAUAAUUUAUUAUCUACUCUUGGCUGGCGUCAACAUUUUCGGUUUGAAGAGCCUUAAAGGUAGCUACUGGUACGUAGGUGACCAAGGUGUAGAGUUUGUUCACGGAAUCUUCGUCGUCAUUUCUUCUGCGCGCCAAACGGACCCUUACACGGAAUGGGACAUUCCUGAAAAAUAA